AUGUCAGCUUCCCAACUCCUGUACGAGGCCGCAGGGUUGACUCUUGCCACUUACGUCCUGCUUCUGCGAAAUGCGAGGCCACCAGAUCUCGUUGCUCGAAUACAACGAUCUGCAAUCCUCCCUGGCCGCUUGCACAACUUUGGAUCAUAUGAUCAUUUUCGACUGUUUUGCUUUGCAUAUGAGCCGGAGACUGAUGCAAGGGCGAAGCAGGAUGGGAGUCAGUGCAUUUCCAGCACUCUCUCCAUCCGCUCUGGGGAUCAGAGUGGCAAGCGCUUCGAGAGACUCUUCGAAGCGCUCCUGGCCCAGAACGGGAAGAUCUGCAAACUUCCAAACGAUCUAGGAUCUGGACUGAAGCUUGCGGCAGAUCUGCUGCGGGAGGGCCGCGAUGUUGCUAUCUUGGCCUGUGGUGGGGACGGCACUGUGACCUGGGUGCUCUCUGAGUUGAAUGACAGACGAGAAGCAUUGUUCAAGAACAUCAGGCUGCCGCCCGUUGGAAUCGUCCCUCUCGGUACAGGGAAUGAUCUGGCCCGGUCUCUUGGUUGGGGCCCUGCACUCACAGACAACUUUCAGUUGCUGUCCUAUGUUCAGCGUGCUAUGAAGGCCGAGACCGUUCUGCUUGAUCAGUGGCGGCUCACCCUGAGACCUUCCCAUCUUCUGCCGCCAUCUCUUCGUCAACGUGGGACCGUGGAGUUCAUUGGAUACUUUACUAAUUACUUCUCGGUUGGGAUGGACGCCCACACUGCUUACGAAGUUGGGAGAGUGCGGUCGUCGGGUUUCGGUAAGUGUUGCUUUCGGAUGCGCUGCUUCCCACCGUGCCGAUUUCUUCAUGGCGGUCUGCUAUGUUAUGCACUCAAUGGGCCGAACUGCGCAAGAUGUUUGUGCUGUCGUACCCGUGCUCUCAACGACGACCUUGAAGUCAGAUUUGAUGAUGACCCGGGAACGGUUACGUUUCCGAGCUCCAUCCGUCAAUUCACUCUCACGAACUUGAAUUCCUAUGGUGCAGGCAUGCUACUGUACGGCAGCGAGGCCGUGCGAAGACAGGUAAGCCCGAAUGAUGGGAGGCUGGAGGUUUUCACCAGACAAGGUCCCUACGGAGUAAUUGGCAUGACCCUGACCAAGAAGGUCCUGAAGGCCCCAUGUGGCAAUGUGGAUAUCGCCUUUCAGCCACACCGUGUGGAAAUGCGCCUGAAGAAAGGACAGCACUUCCAGAUGGAUGGGGAACCCUGGGUCCUGAAUGCUGCUUGCACGGCCGUAAUUGAAAGGCAUACCAAAGUGCGUAUGCUUUGCCCAUGUGAGGAUGGUCCUGGAGCAGGUGUUUGGUCAGGUUGCCAGAAAAGGCAGUUCUGGCAUUCUCGCCGUCAAGGUUCUGCUGCUUCUUCAGCAGCUUCAGCAGGCGAACAGGAGCUCUGUGCCUCCCUGGCUUCUCGACCGAGCACCCAGACGUGA